AUCUAUCGAUAGCUGUGUGCGAUAGACAACAGUCUCGAUAAUUUAUCGGAGAACAGAAGGAACCACGCACCGGCGGGAACAACAAGAUGAAUUCUCUGGCCAGGAUUGGGAGCUUCGUAUGUCAGUCGGUGCAGAUAGCCGGCUGCGGACUGCAGCAGGUGCGCACCAAGUACGCUGACUGGAAGAUGAUCCGCGAUGUCAAGCGGCGCAAGUGCGUCAAGGAGCACGCCGUGGAUCGCCUGCGGGUCAACUCGCUGCGCAAGAACGACAUUCUGCCGGCGGAGCUGCGAGAGCUGGCCGACGCCGAAAUUGCCGCCUUCCCUAGGGACUCGUCACUUGUACGCGUACGGGAGCGCUGUGCACUUACGUCACGGCCCCGUGGAGUCGUCCACAAGUACCGGCUUAGCCGGAUCGUUUGGCGCCACCUGGCCGACUACAACAAGCUGUCCGGCGUGCAGCGCGCCAUGUGGUAGCGCAUCCUUCUGUUAGCAAUUUAGGGAAAUAAACCAUGUUAGUAGUCCA